GGUCAUUAGCAGGGUAAUUAAUUACAAGGACAGUGCCUGAUGUCAACCCUCUGCUCUUCAGCCAGUGCAACAGCACAGACAGAAAUCCAGUGAGUGUUCCACUCUGAGACACACUUGCACCAGAAGCAAUACUGAAGGAGUGGUCAGCAGAGAGAAUCUUUUUAAAAAGUGAAAGAAUUCUUUUAAAAGAGGAAGUUUAGGGAAGAUAAGUAACUGUUCCAGGCACACCAAACCAAACACACCCCUCCCUCACUGACACCCGCUCAGAAGACACUGCAGAGGAGAGCAGGGCACCGCAAUCCACAGAGGGCAGAACAAAUAACCACAAUGCAAAUGAAAGCCACAACCCACUUCAGCUCCUUCAGGAAUGACAGCAACUGCACCAGCGACAGCAGGAUCAGCCAAGUCAUCUUCCCCUUACUCUACACAUUUCUGUUCCUGGUGGGGACCACGAUGAAUGGCCUGGCAAUGUGGGUCUUCUUUAAAAUAUCCAGUAAAUCCAAUUUCAUCAUCUUCCUCAAGAACACUGUGAUCUCUGACUUCCUCAUGAUCUUGACUUUUCCAUUUAAAAUCCUCAGUGAUGCAAAGCUGGUGUCCUGGGUGUUGCGGGGGUUUGUGUGCCAGGUCACCCAGGUAGUGUUUUACUUCACCAUGUACAUCAGCAUCCUCUUUCUUGGUCUGAUAACUAUUGAUCGUUACCAGAAGGCCACUUCCCCAUUCAGAACAUCAACUCCACGCAGCCUUUUAGCUGCCAAGAUCCUGUCCACAGCAAUCUGGGUAUCAAUGUUUGCUCUCUCGCUACCCAACAUGAUCUUAAAUAAUAAGAAGAAAACACCCAAGAACGUGAGGAAGUGUGCUCUCCUGAAAUCAGAGUUUGGCUUAAUCUGGCAUGAAAUUGUAAACUACAUUUGUCAGCUCAUCUUCUGGGUGAGCCUAGCAGUCAUAGUGGUAUGUUACAUCCUCAUCAGCAGGGAACUGUACAAAUCCUACAAAAGGACACGAUGCACAGGGAAGGCAUCUAAAAAGACUGUCAAUUUCAAGGUUUUCAUAAUAAUCGCUGUGUUCUUUAUUUGCUUUGUGCCAUUCCACUUCACCAGAAUCCCCUACACCUUGAGCCAAACGAGAGACGUGUUUGACUGCUCUGCUCGGAACACGCUGUUCUACCUGAAGGAGACCACGCUGUGGCUGACGUCCCUCAACGCCUGCCUGGAUCCCUUCAUAUACUUUUUCCUUUGCAAAUCAUUUAGGAAGUCCUUGCUGGACAUGCUGUGCAAGCACAGGGCAGGGGCAGGGCUGGGGGCACAGAUGAAGGGGCAGAACGAGGGGGAUGACACUGACGAGACGCCGCUCUAGCUCUCAGGCUGCACGCCCCUUCCUGGCCACAGACGCUCACCGAGGGUGGCAGGAGCACAAAUCCAUCAGGAGCACCCAGAACUCCACCCAUUUCUCUAGAAACAGCCCUGCAGAUGGAAGCACGAGCCCCCUGGAGCCACCACCACUCCUGCAAAAAUAGAGAGCUACAUACCAGAGGAGCCCCCCGGCGCCAGCCCCCAGCCUUGCCAAACCAGGAGCUCCCAGACCCCAACGCCUGUCAGGACUGCUGGGAACAAGUCUGAACUCAAAGGUGGAACUGUGAGGAAAAACUUAGAACCAUGAAAUGCUACAGAUGACACCAUGAACUGUAAAGAUUUUGCAAAAAUAGCUAAACUUGGGCCAGAGUAAAGUUCACGACAACACAAGACCUGAGAAAUGCAGAUAAAAUCCACAGUAGAUGUGAUUUUUCAAUACAGGGGGUUGUCACCUUGUAUGCAACUGGCAGAAAAACAGAAACUUAGAGACAGCCAUUUGGGCAGAUUUUUGGUAACAGAAUAACACUGCUUAUCUCAUUCUAUGCUUGCAGUUCCUAAUCCAUUCACCAAUAAUUAAUAGUUGUAUUUCAGAGGAAAUUAUUUCAUAAUCAGGCUUAUCUUGAUAUUACUAAAUCCCCAAAUCCUUCCCCUUACUACAU